AUGAACCAUCAUGAUGAUGAAUACAAUAAUUUUCAAAACGGAAUUUCUUAUGGUGUAUCACUUUUGGAAAACUGUCAGAAUAGAAGAUAUCCACAACAAGAACAACACCACUCCAUUGACCAUCAACAUUGUUCGAAUAGAUUCAAUCCUUCUUCAUUCAUGAUGAAUACAAACCAUCACUACCAUCAAAACCAUCACCACCAUCAACGAAGAGUUUUCUUCAAUGGUGUGACCAAACGAAGAAGACCAAAAGCACUGUGUUUCACUCCACCUUCUUCAAGCAGUUCUCUCUCUUUUGCAUCACCAUUGGAAGGUAACACUAAGAGAAAUGAUGCAUCCUAUCCUUUUUCCUCGAGAAGAAGAAGAAGACCACCACCACCACCACCACCACCACCACCACCAUUCACAUCCAAUCAUUCAUGUUCUUCUUCUGCCACCACCACCAACAUGUUGCGAAUUCCAAGUCAUUGUCAUGAUGAUCUCUCUCAUAGACCCAACAACACAUCUCCCAUCAUCUCAACUCAGCAGAACCUCUCUCGUUCCUCCAACCACACCAACCACACCACCACCACCUCUCUGAUGAUGACAACCACUUCUCUCAAGAAAUCUCAAUUUCAUCCUCUCUAUGUGGUACCAAAUGCACCUCCAUCCACAACACCGACCACUCCAAUGACUCCUACCACCUUUAGUAAUACUCCAACACCACCAUUGUCUUCCUUUGACACGAUGGCACCUCACAAUAAUAAUGAUUUUAUUAUCGAUAAUUAUCAUCAUGCAUUGGUGAGACAUAUUCAUCCUAAACCUGAAUUGAAUCAAUCGGUUUCAUCUACAACCUCACAACCAUCUUCUCUCUUUUCCUCACAAUCUGACAUUUCCACUCAAACAAAUUCACCAUUUUCACCUUUCUCUGAUUUUUCGGAAUGGAAUUUGGACAUGUCAGGUUCCAUGUUUGAUAUUAUUGUGAAUAGUAGUGAUGACAAUGUCUCUACACGACCAUUCAGCAACAACAGUGAUGGUGGUAGUGGUGGUGAUAGUGGUGGUGACACUCACAUGACGAGUGAGAGUAGCAGUGAGCAGAUGAUGGAUUCAUCCAUUCAUUCUUCUACUACUAUUCGAACUGUUUCUUCUCGAGUGAAUCCUUCGAAUGGAACAAUGCUGUAG